AUUCUGCUGAACUAAUAUCGCUCAACAAGAAAACCAUACAACAGUUCGCUGCUUGAACGUUUGAUCGCUGUAUGCACGUGUUCCGAUUUUUGAGCAUGAGUCAAUUACAGAAGGAUCAGUCUCUCGAACUUUGAACUCCAAGCUCUCACGAUACGGCGAACAAAUCCAAAUGAUUCAUCACGAAGCCUUGGUGCUACUUCUGUCGGUCUCUAGAGCAGUCCUAUCCAAAAAAAUUAGCAGCGAUGGAAAAACAAAUACAAUAACCGCUUGCGUAGUAUGUAGUAAGCACUCAGAAAAACGAAAAGAACACAUCACAACCUUUAGAAGAAGAUACUACAUAUAAACGCGACGACCUAAAUUGUUCUAUACGUUUUCAAGAAAGCGACAGAAUGGCGCAAACGAUCGGUCGUAUCGAGACCGGGCACGAGGGCCAGAUUCACGACGUGCAGCUGGAUUACUAUGGCAGAAGAUUAGCGACAGCCGGCCACGACGGCAGCGUGAGAAUAUGGGACAUCUCCAACGCUGACAGGCCGCAAGCCGUUGCGGAGCUGAAGGGGCACCAGGCACCGGUAUGGUCCGUGUGCUGGGCCCACCCAAAAUACCCAGGGGUGCUGGCCAGCUGCGGGUAUGAUAAGCAGGUAUAGAAGAGAGGUUUGAUUAUCUGGAAAAAAAUCAAAAUUAUGCUUUGACGUUGCAUAUAAGUACAUGGAUGUUUGAACCUGUUCAUGCUGCGAAAUUCAAAUUUUCUGCAGCAAAAACGCGUACGACGCCAAUCCAACAGGUCCUGAUCUGGAAAGACCAGCAGCUCGCAUACAAGGACGAGCAAGCGAGGGCGUGCGUGAACCAGGUAGCGUUCGCGCCUUUUGAGUGCGGCUUGGUGCUCGCCUCGGCCGGCAGCGACGGAAACGUAGGACUGCUCCAAUACGAACGCGACCAGUGGACCCGAACCACCUUCCUCGCACACCCCUGUGGCGUGCGCGCUCUUUGCUGGGCGCCGAUGGGCUGCUUUGAACUCGGGAACGGGCUAGAGGGUGCGAAAAUCGCCACCGGCGGGUUAGACGCCGCGGUGAAGGUGUGGAUCUUCAAGAAUGGGAGCUGGGUACGAGAAGUGUGUUUUUUUUUCUUCACUGUGAUGAGACCUCGCAGUCGCAACAUGAAAGGUUGGGUGAGCGUACAAAGCAUGCCGCUCCACUGUGCAAAAAUACGACAACUUUAGGUUCGAGAGGACGUCGACAUGUCCAGCGGGGCCGGGCACAAGGACUGGGUAACCGGGAUCGCGUGGCGACCCUACCAGGGACACCGGUCUGACAUCCUCGCUAGUUGCUCGAAGGAUGGCACGGUGGUCGUUUGGCAAAGGUGUGACACCAUCUGGCGGCCCGUAAAGCUUUUCAGGGAGGAGUUCCAGGGAAAGCCCGUGUGGAGCGUCGAGUUUUCACAGGUAUGAUUUUUCAAAUGACAGGACGGCGCAAAGAUGAACUCAAGUGACCUCUAGAAACAUACUCGGUUUUCCAGAAAAUGUCGUGUGUUGGCAGUUUUCUUACUGCACUACCACCGCAUAGAAUAGUGCACCAUGUCAUUCAUAUUCUACUUUUCUAGGUCGGCGGCAUGCUCCAAGUAAACUACGGCAACAGUCAGAUGGCUAUCUUCAAAGAAUCUUCCUCCGGCGACUUUGCGCAAGUCUUGGAAAUGGAUGAAAGAGGAAUCGCGGACCCAACGACGCCCGCGGUGAAUCUCGAAGCUUUUGGCGAGCAGGAUUCUUCACCGGCCGGAAUAAUGGGGUGAAGAAAGUUGUAUGAAUGAAUGAUUCUCUUCAUGCCCACCAUGUGGGUGGCACUACCACUAGACGAAAUGAAAACCACUGCUUCAAGUAUCCCUUGUCGAGAAACCUAUCCAAGAUUACUAUUUCGGACGAACUGAACCUGGAACGACUUCUAUAGCGUGAAGACGCUUAGCGUUGCACCGACGACAUCUUUACGAAAGCGCAGGAGUUACUUUGUGUAGAAUUUUCCAUGCUUUGUCUUUCAUCAGUUGUGGAUUUGAGCACGUGUCAGACAAGCUAGUCCUGCAAUCAUGAUGAGUCG